AUGGAGAUAUUCAAGGGGCUGGAAAUAAUAAUGCCAUUUGGAGAAGCCUUACAGCAGAUGCCACUCUACCCAAAAUUCAUGAAAGACAUCCUCAGCAAGAAGGGGAAGUACAUCAAUAAUGAGAGCAUUGUGGUAGAAGGCAACUACAGUGCGGUGAUACAAAGGAAGCUGCCAAAGAAAUUCAAAGACCUCGGGAGCGUGACUAUCCCUUGGACUAUAAGGAAUGAGUCGGUAGAAAAGGCCCUCAUCGACUUAGGGGCAAGCAUCAACUUGAUGCCCCUAUCAAUGUGUAGAAGAAUUGGUAAUCUGAAGAUAGACCCUACCAGGAUGACGCUUCAGCUAGCAGACCGAUCAAUCAUAGACCAUACGGGGUGGUAG